AUGGGGAGGUUCUCCGGCGGCGCGUUGGUGGUGGUGGUGGUGGCGGCUCUGCUGGUAGCACUGCGGAGAGUGAAGUGCUACCCCCCGGAGGACUUGGUGAAGGGCCUCCCGGGGCAGCCGGCGGUGGGGUUCCGGCAGUACGCAGGGUACGUCGAUGUGGACAGGAAAGCCGGGAGGAGCCUCUUCUACUACUUCGCCGAGGCCGACGGAGAUGCCCACGAGAAGCCGCUCACUCUCUGGCUGAACGGAGGUUCUCCCAUCCAUCAUUUCUCCUCUGUUCAUACUCUUCUGUCGGUCGAUUUCGUCUCGUCCACAUCUUUUUCCUUCUUCCCCUCUCUCCGAAUUUAUUGCCGAAUUUCGCCGUGGAGUUCUGCAUCUCUUUCCCCGCAAUUCUGCUCCGAAUCGUCUCCGCCGUCUUUCUUCGGAGAUGGAGAAGGCCCUCUUCCUCGAUUCUACAUUUAUACUGGCUCCGCUCACGGCGCCUGUCAGUAUUUUUCAGGCCCUGGUUGCUCUUCGAUCGGUGGAGGGGCUUUUACAGAGCUGGGCCCCUUCUUUCCCAGGGGCGACGGCCGCGGCCUUCGGAUAAACAAACAUUCAUGGAACAAAGGUCGAGAAGCUUUCAAUUUCCCUUCAAUCUCCAUAGAAACGUCGUGAUAUAUCGAAAUAAUACAGCCAGAAAGAUCACGUCUGCCUAACUCAGGCGGCUUUGGAAGAUCUCAGCGAUUGUGUCUUGAUGUUUCUCAGUCUCGAACCUCCUGUUCGUGGAGUCUCCGGCCGGAGUUGGAUGGUCCUACUCGAACAGAACCUCCGACUACACCACCGGAGACAAUUCGACUGGUAAUGGAAAUCCCAUCCUGAUCUAUUUUCCCUGAUAAUCACGGGUGGAAGGAGACAUGGGUCGAUGAUAACCAGUGUUCUUCCUUCCUUUUCUUGCCGUCUUGUCUCUAAUUGCUGCAGCUUACGACUUGUUAACGUUCCUGCAUCAAUGGUUCAAGAAGUUCCCAGAGUUGAGAUCCCGCGACCUGUUCCUGACCGGAGAAAGCUAUGCAGGUAUUUCCGGCAAGGCAGAGCCCACUCUCCGGUAGACGUUCUGUCUGCAUAACCCACCGGCUGACCUGAUUUGAUCUCUCCCAGGACACUACAUUCCCCAGCUGGCGGAGGUUCUUCUCCGCUAUAACAAAAACUCGCGGGAUUUCAAGUUCAAUGUCAAAGGACUGGCCGUAAGAACAACAAACCCGCGUUUCUUUCUCCUUCUUCCCUCGUCUAUCCUUCUCUAAUCGAGGUUCGAACCAGACUAAGCGUGGAUUCUCGUGCUCUGUUCAUCGGUGCUCGAUUCAUCAGAUUGGGAAUCCUCUCCUCAACCUGGAUAGGGAUGUCCCGGCGACGUACGAGUAUUUCUGGUCUCACGGGAUGAUCUCCGACGAGCUCGGGCUCAAGAUCAUGAACGACUGCGACUUCGAGGACUACGUCUUCGAAGGUCACCAUAACGUGAGCAAAUCCUGCACCGAUGCGAUCGAGGAGGCGAACCGCAUCGUCGGUGAUUAUAUAAACAACUACGACGUGAUCUUGGACGUCUGCUACCCCUCGAUCGUGGAGCAAGAGCUGCGGCUUCGGAGAUACGUGAGCACAGCCACCCGCCUGUUCCUCCUCGAGGAGCUUCUGCUUCUCGGCGGCGGCGAUGCCUUCCAUUAAUCCCCUCUUCUCCGGGACCUCUUGCAGGCCACCAAGACGAGCGUAGGGGUCGAUGUCUGCAUGUCCUACGAGCGGCGCUUCUACUUCAACCUGCCGGAGGUCCAGCGAGCUCUCCACGCCAACCGGACGAAUCUGCACUACAGCUGGACCAUGUGCAGCGAGUAAGUUCGUUCCCCACUCUGAGAUUGAGCUCGUCUUCAUGUCAUCAUUCUGCCCGGAGGAGGGGAGAUCACUGGGGCGGCGGUCGCCCCGACAGGGGUGGUGCGGCUGUUCAGUGGAGCCCGUGAUGAUUGCGGAAGCAAGGAACUGACGUUUUGGCUGCUUUCGAUGCGUUGACCAGCGUUCUCAACUACAGCGUGGCCGACGGGAACAUCAACAUGCUCCCCGUGCUCAAGAAUAUCAUCGAGCAUCGUAUACCUGUGUGGAUAUUCAGGUGAGACCCAUCGUCUUCCCCCCAUUUUUUCUUUGGAGAAAAGAGAAACGGCGUGACGGAUGAUCCUCCUCCCCCCCUCGAAUCGCAGCGGCGACCAGGACUCCGUCGUCCCUCUGCUGGGCUCCCGAACGCUAGUGCGAGAGCUCGCGCAGGAUCUCAAGAUCAAAGUCACCGUUCCCUACAGCGCCUGGUUCCACAAAGGCCAGGUACGCCGCCGGCGACCCGUCGUCUACCUUCCUUCCCCUCGUCCAUCCACCUGAUAAUAUCCCUGUCUGUGUCGUCGGCUGGGUUUCCUGUGUGAAGGUUGGGGGAUGGGCAACAGAGUACGGCAACCUUCUGACCUUCGCAACGGUGAGAGGGGCAUCUCACAUGGUGCCCUACGCUCAGCCGGGGAGGGCGCUAACCCUCUUCAAGUCCUUCUUGGGGGGGAAGCGGCUGCCCAACACGACUCAUCCCCCCAUUGAUGGAUGA